AUGACAUCAUCACAUUCUACGCUAUCUAUAAAUACAAACACCACCACAAAUUCAAUUACCAACAGCAAUAACAAUAAUAAUAAUUCAAAUUUUAAACCAAAUCAUAAAGCAAAAUCAUCAUCAAUAUCAACAUCAACUAAUCCAAACCAAUCAUUCCCACACCAAUCAAACCAACAUCAUCAAUCCAACUCGGAUUCUAUUUCAUCAACAGCAGUACAAACUCCCACAUAUUCAUUAAAUAAUAAUAAUUCACCAAUAUCACCAUUAAAUACUCCAAUUAAUACAUUUUUCAAUAAUAAAAUGCAAGAUGAUGAAGAUAAUCAAGAAAAAGAAGUUGAAGAAAAGGGAAAUUAUAAAAAUCAAACUAUUCAAGCUACUUUAUAUAUUUUAGGUUGGUAUUUUUUUUCAUUAAGUAUAUCAUUAUAUAAUAAAUGGAUGUUUGGAUCAUUAGGUUUAAAUUUUAAAUUCCCCAUAUUAGUUACAAGUUUCCAUCAAUUAUGUUUAUUCUUGUUAAGUUUUGUGAUAUUGUUUGUAAAUUCAAGUCUAAGACCUUUGAAGAAUUCAUAUAAGGGGGGCAAUUUUUUUAAAUUUAGUAAAACAAUGUUAUUUGUUGAUUUUAAAUUUAUACUUGUUAAUAUUUUACCAUGUUCUGUUGCAUCUGCUGGUGAUAUUGGAUUAUCUAAUUUUGCAAUAAGUUUAAUAUCAUUAAGUUUAUAUACUAUGUUAAAAACUAGUUCUUUAAUAUUUGUAUUAAUAUUUGGAUUAAUUUUUAAAUUAGAAAAAUUUAAUUGGAGAUUAAUUAUUAUAGUCUUGGUUAUGUGUGGAUCAGUUAUAAUGAUGGUUGAUAAACCUGAACCUUUAAAAGAAGAUGAUAGUGUUGAACUAAUAGAAGAAAAAAAUUCAAAAUUUGGAAUUAUUUUAGUUAUUUUUGCUUCAUUAUUAUCAGGAUUACGAUGGUCUUUUACUCAAAUUUUAUUGAAAAAAAACCCAUAUACUUCUAAUCCAAUAAGUACAAUAUUUUAUAUAUCACCAAUAAUGUCUAUUGUAUUAUUUGUAUUGGGAUUAAUUAUUGAAGGUUGGGGACCAUUUAUUGAAUCUAAUAUUUGGGAAAAAUUUGGAAUUUUUAAAUCUAUUAUUUUGUUAAUUAUACCUGGUAUAUUAGCAUUUUUUAUGACAUUAUGUGAAUUCAAAUUAUUAAAAAUUGCUCAAAUUAUAACUUUAUCAAUAGCUGGAAUUUUUAAAGAAUUAUUAACUAUUAUACUAUCAUUUUUGAUAUUUGGUGAUAAAUUAAAUUUUAUAAAUAUUUUAGGACUUAUAAUAACUUUUAGUGAUAUAUUAUGGUAUAAUUAUUAUAGAUAUAAACAAAAUGAAGUUGAGGGUUAUGAGAAAUUAAGUAGUGGAGAAAGUGAUUUAAAUGAUGGUGUUGAAUAUGUUAAAUUAAAUGAUUUAGAAAUUAAUGAAUAUAAUAGAUCUUAG